AUGGUGAAGAAUUCUGGUUCCGCUAUCCUAGGUCCUCCAGCUAUGUUUAAAUUUUUGAACCAAGGAAUCCAAAAAGCCUACAAAGAUGCAGAAAGAGUUUUGUUAAAUGUCGAUUUCGUAAUAUUAGGGACUGGAUCAACAUAUAUGUAUCCAGAGUGCCUUGUUCGACAUAUUUCUGUUGCUUUUGUUUGUUUCUAUCCUUAUGCAAGUUCCAAGAAUUAUGCUGGGGCGGUCUAUGGUCAACCAUUUAAUUCACUGCAAUGGCUUCCUUUUGGCUUAAGUGAAAAAAUAUGGAAAGCUAUUGAUGGUAUAGCUACAUAUUGGAGUUCUAUUGGCUUAUUACCUAUUUAUAAUCAAAGACUAAAAGAACUUGGUCUUGAACAUGUCAACAAGCUCCCAUCACUACCAGGUGGUGCUUUUGAAAUUGAUAAAGUUCCCGUACUGCACACUUCAAACAAGAAUCUCAUUCAAAUCCCACCAAAUCCAAAUAACCCUCUAGAAGUUCAAAUUGACUAUCCAUAUUCAACCUUCAGAGAAGAAUUAGAAAACUUUGUCCCGCCAGAAGACUUAGUUAACUGGUUAUCGAAAGGAAACAAACCAAUUUAUUUUGGUUAUGGGUCAAUGCAUAGUUUUGGCGGUGUUGAAAGUAGAGUAAACAUGUGGUUAAAUGUAAUGAAUAGACUUGAUGAAAACCACAGGGCACUUUUUUCUGGUGUUGGCAGUGUAAGAACACCUGAAUUAUAUAAAGCAAUUUCAUCAGGCCGGGUAUUUCUCGUUGGACAUGUCCCCCAUUCUUGGUUAUUUCCUCGAGUUUGCUGCGUAGUACAUCAUGGUGGUGCAGGAACAACACAUAAUAUUGCCAGGGCUGGUGUUCCCUCAAUUGUUGUUCCUCACUUUGCAGACCAGCCAUGGUGGGCAUCUAUUUUACAUUAUCAUGGUCUCUCUCCAAAUGGUGGAGUUCCAUCUCAUUCUGUCACUUCCGAUAAACUUUAUACAGCCAUUUUCAAAGUACUGACAGAUGAAAAAAUUCAUGAAAAUGCACAGUCACUGGGAAAAAAGAUUCAAAGAGAACAUGCAAAAUCUUCUCCCAUAUCAAACAUUGUUUUAUUUAUUGAACAGUAUUGGAAUAGAAAUAAAUGGGAUAUUAUUUCUAUGGAUGAUAAUGAAUCCAUUGCUUCUAUUGAAUCUAAGGAGUAUAUUGAAUCUGAGGGAUCUAAUGACACUGAUGAUACCAUUGAUAUUGAAGAGUAUGUUAGGACUAGCAAUGAUAAUAUUGUUAAGGAGAAUAUUAAGGAGAGAAAGCUUAUUGAGCCUCAGUUUGUUGAGCCUGAUAUUAUUUCAGUAGUAUAA